UUCCCCACAUCUUCGUCUUCGUCCCCCUUUCCUCUUCGUCUCCCCUUCGUCUUCUCCCCACCGCGUCAAACCCUACGCCGAAGCAACCGCCGCCGCCCGCCCCCCCACGAAUCCGCCACCGCGGCGCCCAAUCCGCGCCUUCCCGGACCGAUCCCCCCUCCGAUCCGCCGGAAUCCCUGCCGCAAAGGGGCGCGCGUGCCCCCCCUUGCCGUGCCCCCGAUGUACAGCAACUUCAAGGAGCAGGCGAUCGAGUACGUGAAGCAGGCGGUCCAGGAGGACAAUGCCGGCAACUACGUCAAGGCGUUCCCGCUCUACAUGAACGCGCUCGAGUACUUCAAGACCCACCUCAAGUACGAGAAGAACCCUAAGAUCAAGGAGGCCAUCACCGCCAAGUUCACCGAGUACCUCCGUCGCGCCGAGGAGAUCCGGGCCGUCCUCGAUGAGGGGGGUGGGGGCCCGGGCGCCAACGGCGGGGACGCGGCCGUCGCCACGCGCCCCAAGACCAAGGGUAAGGACGGGGACGGAGGUGGGGAUGACUCCGAGCAGUCCAAGCUCAGGGCUGGCCUCAACUCGGCCAUCAUCACCGAGAAGCCCAAUAUCAAGUGGAACGAUGUUGCCGGCCUAGAGAGCGCCAAGCAGGCGCUGCAGGAGGCCGUCAUAUUGCCUGUCAAGUUCCCGCAAUUCUUUACAGGUAAACGGAGACCAUGGAGGGCUUUUCUUUUGUAUGGUCCUCCAGGAACUGGAAAGUCUUAUUUGGCUAAAGCUGUUGCAACUGAGGCAGAUUCUACAUUUUUCAGUAUAUCUUCAUCAGACCUGGUGUCAAAAUGGAUGGGAGAAAGUGAAAAACUAGUUGCAAACCUUUUCCAAAUGGCUCGAGAAAAUGCACCUUCCAUCAUAUUCAUUGAUGAAAUUGAUUCUUUAUGCGGUCAACGUGGAGAGGGUAAUGAGAGUGAAGCUUCUAGGAGAAUCAAAACCGAACUUCUUGUGCAAAUGCAGGGUGUUGGCCAUAAUGAUGACAAAGUAUUGGUUCUUGCUGCUACAAAUACACCAUAUGCUCUAGACCAGGCUGUGCGCCGGCGCUUUGAUAAGCGUAUCUACAUUCCGCUACCUGACCUGAAAGCAAGGCAGCAUAUGUUUAAGGUCCAUCUUGGGGAUACACCACACAACUUAAAUGAAAGUGAUUUUGAGAGCUUGGCUCGUCGAACAGACGGGUUUUCUGGUUCGGAUAUUGCUGUUUGUGUAAAGGAUGUGUUGUUUGAACCUGUGCGCAAAACACAGGAUGCCAUGUUCUUCUUUAAGGCGGAUGGUGAUACAUGGAUGCCUUGUGGACCAAAGCAAGCUGGUGCAGUACAGACAACUAUGCAGGAGCUCGCAUCCAAAGGUCUUGCUGCAAAGAUCCUUCCACCACCAAUAUCAAGGACAGAUUUCGAGAAAGUCCUCGCCAGGCAGAGACCAACAGUGAGCAAGAAAGACCUAGAGGUGCACGAAAGGUUUACAAAAGAAUUCGGCGAGGAGGGUUGAUAGAUCAUGAAAACUCACCUGUGCACAGCUGCUCCACAGAAAUGUAUAUUGUUUAUGACUCUGAUUGUUCUGGUUGGAAGUUGGAUUCGCAGAUUCGUAUAAUCGGUAGCCUAACUAUGACUGAUUACAACUUGUUUAUUGCGUUGGGCUAUCAUUGUGCAUCUGUUGUCAACUUAUUUAAUUUUUACUGUCACUUAUACUUGAAAUUUUCCACAAAUGUAUUAAUUAAGGAAUAAUACUUAACGUGGAGCCCUUGUGGUGCAGCUUGUAUA